GCAGCGUCCAUGAAAGCGAGGCGCCCGGCUUCAAACGGGUCGCUCCGGCACUCUCGAGUGUCGAAAAUUUAUGUGAAGGCGUCCGUGAAAUUCAGUAAGCGCAAGUCUGGAUGAUCCAGCGGCAAUGAUAGCUGCAGGGGAGCCCCUGGAGUUCGUGCCGUACGGCAGCGAAUACCUGACGCAUCACCCUGGAAACGUGCGGCACUGCAGCGAUGGAGGGAACGCCGGCGAUCGAGUCCCGACAAGCGCUACGGAACUCUCGGAAGCCCUGCAGGGCGUCUCUCUGUGCAUCGAGGACGGCCCCCAGCAGGCCAGAACCUCCUUCUGGAAACUGCGCGAAAGCCCUUCACCGGAAGACGACGACUCCGACGGGGAAGAGGAAAUCUACGCAUCGUCCAACACCGUAGUCUGGAGCAAGUCGAACGGCGGCGACGUGCGCACGGUUUUGCGGACUUUCAACAUAAGCGGGAAAAUUCAGGACGCCCUUUGGUGCGAGUUUCUGAUGGCCGAUUACCAGGCGAGGCACCUCUUCGGUAGCGCCAGCGCGUCGGAGACAGAGACGAGAGUGCCCUGCGUGUGCAUCUUCGAAGAGAGCGCCGGAACGCUGCACUGUUUUUCGCGCUCCGGUGAGGAUUACACGCGCUCGGUACCUUUCGUCGUGUCCCGGCUGUGGCCCAUGCGGUACGGACUGCUAAUCGAGCGCCGAUCGCGAGACGUCGCCGCACAGGCGACGUCGCACUUGCCUCCCGCGACUCCCAGGGAGCACUCCGCUGCCGGCGCCAUGAUGUUCAGUCUCCUGCACCCUUUGGACGAAGUUGCACCCGUGGUGAGUCGAACUGCGGUGCACGGACACGUUCCCAGGUUCGGCUACAUGCAGUGCGGCUCCGACGUCGAAGUCGUGUACGUGUGCGAAGAGCCUUCGCUACUCGUCAUGUUCCACGGGUCCCAGGCGUCGCACAGCGUGUGGGAAGUGCGUCGCACCACGGACGAGGAAGACCAGUACGUCGACACCUCCGCCGUCGCGUACAACAGCGACCGGAUUCCGAGCUUCUUCCGCGCCGCCUCCGUUGCGUCUUCGCCGGCCGCCUGGUCGUCUUUCGGUUGUUCGCCGCGACGUUCCCAUGGCUCCCCCGCCAGCGGUCGCUCUACGCUGGACCGGGCCUCAAACUCCAACCACUACAGCCACUCACCUCUGGCGCACAUGGCGUACCUGAGCCGAUCGCAGUCUCCGUUGCCCAGCGGAACGCCCCUGUUCGCUUCUAGCCACGAGAACACGUUUAACACGACGAGCCUUGCGUACGAUCCGUGUGAGCCUCAGGCUUCCCCGCUCGUACCGGACAUUUGCCUGGACCAGCUUUGGUGCGAGCCGCAGGCUUCGGGUGAGAGAGCCUCCAAGGCGUUUGUGAUCCGCGACAUGGUCGGGAACGCAUACCUCUGCUUCCACCUGAGCUCGCGGAAGACGCUAAAGUUCGUCAGCCUUAGCAAAGGCAGCGCGCGCCCUACGCUCAAGGAGUGCGACUCCAUAUCGGCGCUGGAUGUCCAGUAUCUGCAGUCCCUGAAAAUGCUGCUCGUGCUUGACCUGAACCACAGCCUCACCCUCUAUGCCGGACCCACUAGACUAUGUAAGGUCCACGUGCCUUCGUUUGUGUUUGCGCCUACAAGCGAACUUGAGUGCUCGCUCGCGCGUGCUUCCCCCGGGCCCGGCCACGUGCACGAAGGGGCUGAAGAUUCGCGACCCUUACCGCUGCCACACCAUGUCUCCCUGCAGGAUGCCGUCAGAAACCGUGUCACAUUGGAGUCGUCGUCUGGAACAUACUAUCGACUCAGCCUUCCUGCAAUGUCCAAGGACAGGAUCGUAAAACGUUGUCUGAAAGCUCUGUCUACAGUCCUGCCCCAGGAACUGGGCGUCCAAGUGCUCAUGAAGUGGUACAUGUCGAGAAAUGCACCCGGACCAACAGACUUGACGGCAUCGACUGAAAUGCAUUCUUUUUUGUUGUUCAUUCUGGGGACGGUUGGUUGCAUUGCUGCUAGCAAUGGCUUGCAACAAGUUGGUGGCAUGGACCUCGACGUUGUAACACCUGUGGCAGUGAAAAAAUCUAAAUCAAGUGAAAGAGGCUCCAAUGUAGACUGGGAGUAUUUGCUAGAACGGUCAGGAGGUUCUCUCAGUCCAGCAUCAAAAGGUGUGCCAAAAGUAGGCCCAAAGAUGCCGCUAUUUGUUCCUAGCUGCGAGACAUUGGCUAGCAAUGUUGCACCCCUACAGGAGCAUGCCUUCAGUGUGCUGACUGCACUCCAUCUUGUCUACGAAGACGCCAAGCUGGAUGUGCUGGAGUGGCCCUCAUUGCCUCGAUUUGCAGAGUUCCUCUAUAGGCUGGCUGUUCAUUUGCACUUGAAGUCUUAUCAAGACCUUUACAGAAAGGACUUCCCAGAAAAAAUCAGAAUCGUCGACAUUGCAUCUACUGCACAUAUUUCUGAGGGUGAACCAAGGACUCCGUCUUCGUUUCCUUUGUCGCCACCGAACAUAUUUUCCUGGAUCACACAUACGAUGGCACAUCCAAAUGACAAGUCCAGAUUUCUUUAUAUUCCUGGAACGACGAGAUCUCUCAAAGCAGUUGUGCUUCUUUACUCUGUGCUCUCUCGCCCGCUGGAGUGUUCAUUUUCUACUGACCUCCUGCAGGAUGUUUCUGCUGCAUUACUAGGAAAAUGCGAAAACCAUAAAUUUUCUUUUCACAAGGAGAGUGGUGUAGGUGAGAGGAUAGUCUCUCUCCUUGUCAAGCUUGGCAUCAAUUUGGAUAAGCUUUCGCGUUGGCCCUCGGGAGUAGUCGCACCACUUCAAGACGCCAUGGUCGAGUGUCAGGACAGCCCAUCUCUUGGUUGGGGCCCAGUGGCGUGUCGCUUAGUUGGAAGGGAAGAUCUUGCCGAGCUCACAGCGCACAAGCAAAGUUGCCUUGCUAAGAUGCCUCUGCCAUCUGUGCAAGAAAACCCAAAGCAUGCAUCGAGCUUUAUUGAAAAGGACAACGGCUUUGAGCUCCUCAACAAAGAAAUGUGUAAGCUAAAGUUCAGUAAAGACCAACGCAUAGCUGAGGCAUGCCGCAUGCUUCAGUCUUCAAUGCCAGUGUGCAUCUCAAUCCAGCAGAGGCCGGAAGUAACCGACCAUGAAUUUGUGGAGGAACAAGAACGCCAUUUGUACGGCUUGUGCAUUCGCACUAUGGCUCUUCCUGUGGGGAGAGGUAUGAUAACACUGCGCAGCUGCCAGCCUGUACUUGCCGACCCAUUGCCAGUUCCAAAGCUCUGUCUUACGGGGCGGGUUCCCCUGAGAAAUGCCACAGUUGACAUGUCUCACAUUGAAGUGCCCCCAAAUAUGAACACGUGGCCCUUGUUUCACAAUGGUGUUGCAGCUGGACUGCGGGUUGCACCCGAUGCAAGCGACGUGGACUCAAGUUGGAUUACCUUCAACAAGCCCAGAGCCAGCACCGCUACAGAUGCCACUAUCGAGCAUGCUGGCUUCCUCCUUGGUCUUGGCCUCAAUGGCCACCUGUCUGCUCUCAGUACCACGGCAAUCCAUGAUUAUAUGCUAAGAAACCACGAGCUGACUAGCGUCGGGCUGCUACUUGGCUUGGCUGCUUCUAAGCUGGGCAGCAUGGACCUAGCGGGCACGAAACUGAUGAGCAUUCAUGUUGAAACCCUUCUGCCGCCUACCUCUACAGAAUUGGAUGUUCACCCACUAGUAUGCGUGGCGUCCGUCAUGGGUCUAGGACUGCUCUACGCAGAGUCUGGUCACAGCCAGAUGGCAGACAUACUCCUUGGAGAGAUUGGUCGCCCUCCUGGGCCAGAGAUGGAUCAUUGCAUUGACAGGGAAAGUUAUGCACUGGCUGCCGGGCUUGCUUUGGGCUUAAUCAUGCUUGGAAAAGGUGGCUCUCUGUCCUACCAUUCUAACUUGCGCAUGGCUGAGCAGCUUCACCAUUAUAUGGUUGGUGGACGUAUGCGGUCGGCGGGGAGCCAGCGGGAGAGAUUUCGUUCUCCAAGCUACCAAAUUAGAGAAGGCAACACUGUCAAUGUUCAUGUCACCAGCCCAGCAGCUACCCUUGCCCUUGGCAUGAUGUUCUUCAACAGCGCUGAUAAGGCGGUUGCUGGCUGGAUGGCUGCUCCAGAAACACAGUAUCUCUUGGACAUGGUCAGGCCGGACUUUCUUCUCCUCCGGACGCUAGCCUCUGGACUCAUUCUAUGGUCAGAUGUCUGCCCCACAAAGGCCUGGAUUCAGAGUCAUAUACCUGAAGUGGUGGCUACUUAUGCAUUUCAAAAGGCGUCUGAAGAUGUAGAUAUUGACCACGAGACCAUGAGUCAAGCAUACUGCAACAUAUUGGCCGGAGCUUGCCUUUGCAUUGGCCUCAAAUUUGCAGGCUCUGCGAACUACGAGGCAUUCCAUAUCCUCCGUCAUUACACAAUGUACUUUUUGGACUUGCAGAAACAGGCUGUGGCCGAGCAAGCUGGACGAAACACAUUGGAGACCUGCCUCCUCGUCAACGUGUUGAGUCUGUCUCUCGUCAUGGCUGGCACUGGUGACCUUGAAGUAAUGCGCAUCUGCCGCCUCCUCCGACUGCGUUCCACUCACGCUUCAAGCCAUGUCCUGUACGGUUCUUACUUGGCAACACACAUGGCGUUGGGCUUCUUAUUCCUCGGUGGUACUGAACUCACUCUUAGCACACGGCCCAUGGCCAUUGCAGCUUUGCUGUGUUCCCUCUUCCCAUGUUUUCCAAUCCACAGCAGUGACAACCGCUACCACUUGCAAGCCUUCAGGCAUCUUUACGUUCUUGCCGUGGAGCCUCGCCACUUACUGCCAGUGGACUCCAUAACCGGGAAUGUCGUCUACAGCCAUAUAACCGUCUCCUUCAAGCCAACGAAUGCCUAUGGUGCCUGCAACUAUGUGUUGAAGGCACCUUGUCACCUUCCUGAACUUGACCUCUUGGACAGCGUCAGCUUGAACGAUCCUCGCUACUGGCCAAUUACCUUCAGGCGCGACAAAAACUGGGACCUCCUCAAACAGGCGCUCUUGAACCGGGGCCGACUGUGCGUCAAGCACAAGGCUGGUUGCCUACCGUAUGCUGUGGAUCCCACAGGCUGCAAGACGGCUUUUGAGCAAAGUGCUAUAAAGGACUUGCUACGUGGAUGGUCAACGAGGUCCAAGGUAUCUGCCUGUUUCUCUGAGAACACUGUCAUUUCAAAAUUCACCGAGUUCUUUCUGCGAGUGCGUGCAUCUGGCGACUCCGAGCAGGCUCUGCAGCAUGCCUUUGGCACCAUACUUCUAGAGUGCACCAUGCGCGAGAGGGUGGACACACUUUCCACGCUCUUCGAUCUGUUCCAGACGGCCAGGCACAACUUCAUGCAGUCUACGCUACCACUGUGGCAGGCCAAGAUUGUCCUGACCUACUACGACUACUGCAGAGGCCCAAAGCAACAACUCAUUGACAAGUCUUUUGCCCUCACCCUGCGGGCACGCAUUGCGGCCGCCAUUGACGACGUCCUGCCCAAAGAGAAGCUGCGCACAGCGGUGCAGACAUAUGUGAAGGACGGGCCCAGUGUACCUGCAGCCGUGCUUCCAUUCCUUGUGUGGCACGACAUUUCGUACCCUCUGUCAAAUACUCGCCAAAGUUCGGACAGCGCUACUCAUUUCCUUGCCUUCUGCCUUGAACAUCUGGCACCAGCCAUUGGCAUUGAGACAGUCCUGCAAUCGCUGCUAUGAAUGUGCCGCUGGUUACAACUGUUGCCGACUUAUAUAUGCAUGUUUUGUUGAUUCAACUUUCGUGUAUCUAGCUAUUAACCUAUUUAAUUAAUAAAUGCAUGUUUUGUUGAUCCAA